CAGUGUGUCAUUGUUAAAUCAUCUGAGGUUUGUGGUUUGCCCAUUGAGGAACAUUCUGCCCAGACAUUUCUGUAAUAGAAGCUGUUUUUGGGGAAGUGGAUCCCGUACAGUCACAGUUUCAUGGAGGUGAAGAGGAGAACUAUAACCGCUCUUCAGCCGGAGAGAAGCCCAUCGAUAGAAAACUGACAAGAUGGUGACAUUUUUAUAUACACACCACUCAGACCAGAGAGGUUCAAGUUUAACAUGAGCUCGUAUUCCACGUCCAGAAGCACAAAACCAUAUAAUUAAGUAUGAUGGCAAGGAUAGUGUUCAAAUAACUACAGUUUCCCAUUAUGACACAUUGUUUUUUUUAUUUGGUUGUAGGACAGGAAGUAGAUGUUGAAAGUAGAGAGGACAGAGGAAACACACACACACACCCACCAUCUAAACUGCUUAGAGAGGGGUGCUGGAGCCUAUCCCAGCUGUCAUUGGGAAGAAGGCCAGAGGAUAUCAGCUUCAUUUAAAGCAAAGGAGCCGAGGAGACUUGGGGGUUGGAGAGAGGAGAAGAAGAGAGAAGGUGAGGUGAUGAGACGAGUGAAGAGGACUCCAGCACCACCAUCCACCUGCGGCAGCUCGGCCUGGAGAACAUGGCCCAGAUAACAGUGAAGGACCAGACUGAAGCCUGGAGAACCUCUCAGACCAAACCAGAUUUACCCGCUGCUGAAAAUGGCUCAUCGUUGGGACCGCACACCCCGGACCACCCAAAUGGCCCUGUGCCUCACUACUGCCUCCCCAGCUACAGUCCUGCCUUGCUCACCAGCACCCCUUGUGGCGAGGAGGACCAGUGCAGUGUGGCCUCGCAGGACUCCGGAAUCCCCACGCUGGAAAUAAACCCCCCCGAACACGUCCACGUCCAGCCCUUCAGCCCGAGUGACGAUGGCCCUGCCACGCUGACGCUGGAGUCCUCGGACGGAACUUUGCACAAGUCCUCCACGUUUCCCCGCAGCAGUCUGGAGUGGCGCCUCUUCAGCCCCCCCGGCGGCGUCCGCGCAGGGGGCGGAGCUUUGAACCGCAGCGACGAAAUCUCCGUCUGCAGCGUCUCCAGCCUGAGCACCGAGCUGUCGGCCACGCUGUCGCUUAGCAACGAUGACAUCGUCGACUUCAUGGUCACGUCGGACUCCAGCGCUGUCGUCACCUUCGAGAACAGCAGCGACAUGGUCGUCAGUGCCUCGCGGUUCUCGGAAGUGUCACUGCCGCCCUCUGACGACCUGCCGCAGAGCCAGCAGGGGGCGCUGACGCUGGAGGAGUUGAGACCGAAGAGGACGAGUCCCAUCAUGAGCUUCAUCAACAGGAAUCUUUUUUCCAAGAAGCUGAAGGGCGUGAGUGCUGCAGAUGGUCACAGAGAGCCGGGCUGGAGGCUGUUUGGUCGAGUUCCUCCCUCAACCAGAGACCCCAAAACAGCGCUGAAGGAAAAUGAAAGAGGUGCUCAGGCCGGUGAUUCUCCAUCUCCCAGACAGAGUGUGAGGAAGAACCUGGAGUUCGAGCCGCUCUCCACUACAGCACUCAUACUGGAGCACCGCCCAGCGAACCUGCCAGCGAAGCCAGCAGAGGAGGCUGAGAAACACCAGCAGCAGUAUGAGGAGAUGGUCGCGCAGGCCAAGAAGAGGGAGCUGAAAGAAGCUCAGAAGAGGAAGAAGCAGUUGGAGGACAGAGUGAAGCAGGAGGAAAGCAUCGGCAAUGCUGCCCUCACCUGGAGCCAGGAGAUACUGCCCAACUGGAGCACGAUGUGUUCCUCUAAGCGGGUGAAGGAGUUGUGGUGGCAGGGAGUGCCCCCUAGUGUCAGAGGCCGAGUGUGGAGUCUGGCCAUCGGCAACGACCUCAACAUCACACACGAGCUGUAUGAUAUCUGUUUGGCGAGAGCGAAGGAGAGAUGGAACGCUUUUCCUUCUCCAUCCACAACCACCGACACUGAUACUGGAGAUGCAGGAUCGUCUCAUGCUGAUCGAGAGGCCAGUCUAGAGCUGAUAAAGCUGGACAUUUCCAGAACGUUCCCCAGCCUCUGUAUAUUUCAGGAGGGAGGCCCGUAUUAUGAUGUGCUGCACAGCAUUCUGGGAGCUUACACGUGUUACCGGCCAGACGUGGGAUACGUGCAGGGGAUGUCGUUUAUCGCGGCCGUGCUGAUCCUGAACAUGCACACUGCUGAUGCCUUCAUUGCUUUUGCCAACCUGCUGAAUAAACCCUGUCAGAUGGCCUUCUACAGGGUGGACCAUAGCCUUAUGCUGACAUAUUUUGCUGCAUUUGAAGUGUUCUUUGAAGAAAACCUACCAAAGCUAUUUGCACAUUUUAAGAGCAACAACUUGACGCCUGAUAUUUAUCUGAUCGACUGGAUCUUCACUCUGUACAGUAAAUCCCUCCCACUGGACGUGGCGUGUCGUGUGUGGGACGUGUUUUGUCGGGAUGGUGAGGAGUUCCUUUUCCGCACUGCUCUGGGAAUCCUGCGGCUGUACGAGGACGUUCUCACUCACAUGGACUUCAUCCACAACGCUCAGUUCCUCACACGGCUCCCCGAACACAUCAACACUCACACGCUCUUCUCCUCCAUCGCAGCCAUCAGCAUGAGCUGCAGGAACAGGAAGUGGACUCAGGUUCUUCACGCUCUUCAGAAAGACCCGGAACGGGCCAGUCCUGUACUGAAGCGCUGAGGGAAACACCUCGCAUACCUGGAGCAACGGAGACGAGAAGACCCAGCAGCCUCGGUGUGAGCAGAACCUUAAGACUCAGGACCUUCAUACCUCUUCUAUCUGCUGGACUCCAGGAGUCAAACCCUCUGGCGGUUUGAACACGUCGCACUUCAGGAGAUACUUUACUGUGGACAGAACUCUCCUUUGGGGAUGAAGAAAGCGUCACACUAAUACACACCUGAAAGCAAUAGUUUGACCAAAAAUCAGAUUCUCCUGGUCACCCCCACCAAAAAUGUGGUCAUUCAGCCAAGACAUGUAUGGUGUCCUUAGUCUCUGCACUGGAGCUACGAAGCUAAUAGCUAUGUAGCUAACAAAUAACAGAAGCUUUUAGCCAUGUGAGUGCAUCACGUAGCUAAAAACAGUAGCAGCAACCAUGUUGAAUCAUGCAUUUCUGUAUUUUUGUCCAUUUUUAUAGAUGACCAGUGUGUCCUACAUUGUCAGAAACCACAAGAGCAGGUCUAUUUGAGGAUACAACUCAGCUAAUGUAGCUAGCAAGUGAAGUAGUCGGAUAUUUUGGGACUGUUUAGACUUCAGCUGUUGCUUUUUUAAAAUGAGAGAAAUGAACUGUUGCUGAUUAUAUACAAUGAAAUAAUGACGGUCAUUCAUGGCCUUUGACCCAUAUUUCCUAAAACUCAUUUUACUUGAACUCAUCUUAAUGGAAGCUUCCAGUCCACCAAUUGGCAUCUUGCACACUGCAUUCCUCAUUCCACAUUUACCUCAGUCCGUGCUAAUCUAAAGAAACUUCAGAAACCAAACAUGCUUUGGCUGACGAGCCAGAGGGGGAGACCGUAAAUCUGAUUUUUGGAUGAACUAUCGCUUUAAAAUGUGUUUAAGGUUUGUUCGUCCAGCUUUGCUGAUAUGGACAACGAAUUGGAGCUCUGAUGGUUCUCAGCUCUCGUUCCUCCAUCCUCGAUCUCCAACCAGGCCACUUUCAGUCUGUGCUGAGCUACAGCGUUAAAACUGGAACUUCUUUGUUAUUGGGUUUUGUCCACUAUGUUUGUUUGUGUGUGUGUGUGUGUGUGUGUGUGUGUGUGUGUGUAUAAAUGAGCUACUGACAUCAAAAUAUAUGCUUAACGAAAUUGUUUUAUCAACUUAUGAAUGUGAAAAGGGUCCAAAUGUGUUAUUUAAAGCUGGAUUUGUGGAUUAUCGCAUUAAGUUUGGGCCCCCAGAUUACCUAUAUUUGGGCCAGGUAUCCCGCCCAUACUAAAAAGUAAUGUAUUGAAAACGUUGAAUAUAUUCUAUUUAUAUUUUAUAAUAUACCGACAACAUAUAAUAAUAUAUUUCAUUGUCCCAGAACUACUAAUGUCUAAUAAUUCAUAUCAGCGCUGUCAUAACAAAACCUCAAAUAUGUGGAAAUGGGAGCUUGACAGGAAAAGGAAAGAAACCCCAACUUUAACGUACAUUAAUAAAAUUAGUUUAUUUUUUUUUUAAAGUAGUUUUGGACCGUUUCUGUGGGCACUUUCAUCAUAAAAAUGAUGCAAAAGAUAUGGAGAUGGAUUUGAAAUGACAGUGAUGAUAUGUUGCUGGAAAUUUAGUUUGAUAGGGUUCCAGAAGCCCCUUUUUUAAUUUAAAUUUGCUUCAGGAUGUGUGUCCAGACCCUGUGAUCAACAGUCUCAAACGAGUUUGUUUGGUUUUGGUCUUCAAAUUUGACCACUGUGUUACUUUCUUUCUCUUUUUAUGGUACUUGAGUGUCUGAUUUGAUGUUUUCGUUUGUUUAUUUGUUUUGCUUUGCAAAAUUGAUUGGUUUGUUUAUUUUUUAGCCAGGUGGCUGAUUUGUGGUAGUGGAUUUGUAUUUGUUAGUUUGUCUGUCUGGUCUGAAAAAGCUGCACUUGGUCUCUGUAUGACUAAAGUGUCCUCUGGAGAUGCUUCUGAUGAGGCGGUUCUACACGAGAUGAACUAAAAAGCACUCGGUGUGGGAUAUGGAGGACAGAAUGACU